GGUCAUGUCAGGCAUGACGAGCGGCGUGUGCGUGGAGAGCGACCUCUCCUCAAUGCUCCAGAGAAGCUCCGCCCCCUCCCACCAUCACCCGAAUCACCAUGGUUACGGUGGACAGGGACAGGUGUCCAGUUUGGCUCCGAUGCUGGACUACACCACAGAGAUGGACCGCUACCGUUCAUCCAUCGCCAGCUUCUACAAAACCAAUGUCAAUAUGAACAUGAACGUCACAAACUUCCCUCAGUCUGCCAAGCUGGCGGCCCGUUUGGCGGCCGCCGCCCCCAUUUUCCCCCCCGCUGCUGCCAGGCUGGGCGCCAUGGCGACAGCACCCUGGGGUUGCCACGACAAUAUGAACAUGAACGUGAACAUGAACCACCCAGCGGCCAUGUUCUGGGGCCGGCCCAAACCUGCCCCAGCGCAUCAUCAUCACCACCACCCUCACCAUCACCCCUCGGCGACACCAGGGCACAUGACCUCGUCACACCCCCACAGUACCAGCAUGCACCAGGGCGGCGGGGGGUCGGGAGGGGGAGGAGGGGGCGGAGGGGGUGGUGAGGGGGGAGGAGCUGAAAAACACGGACAUACUGCCUCCUCACUUCCUGUCACACAGGGAACGGCACACCAUCACCCCAUGACACCUAGCAACGGGAACUUCCUCCCUGGUUAUGGCGGCGGGGCGGACUGUGGCGUCAUGAACAAACAGGGACACACCCACCCGGACAUGAUGGGCCUAUCAGAGAGCGCGAGCUGCAAUGGUGGAGGGGUGAUGGGUAGUAGCUUCCUGGGGGGGCUGGGAUUACCCCCUGGGGUCAUUGUAAUGGCGAUGGGGUCAGCGGGGGGUGGAAUCUCAGACGCUGGCAGCGCCUUCCAGAUGACCAGCAGCCAGCGGGCGCUAACGGACUGCCAGCAGCACGCCAACUCCUCCCCCUGCCCUUCGUCCUCCUCGCCAUCAUCGUCAGGUGUGACAGCCGGGGGCGUGGCCCUGUCAUCGUCCACAUCGUCUUCGUCAUCUGGAGCCGUAGCCAAGAGGAAGAGGAAGCGGUGCGGCGUGUGUGGGCCGUGCAGGCGGCUGAUCAACUGCGGCGUCUGCUCGUCGUGCCGUAACAGGAAGACGGGUCACCAGAUCUGCAAGUUCAGGAAGUGCGAAGAGCUGAAGAAGAAGCCAGGGGGAGGAGGGGGGCCGCUGGAGCGGCCGCCCUCUGUCCCGACCGGCGAGGCAUUUCGUUGGUUCUUCUAGCCUUCCCUUCGCCAACAGAGUCGCAGCUCGAGGCCCAACAGGAAGUCACCAACACAUAUGGACCAUAAAUCCAGCUUGGAUGAAUUUAAAAACAAGGACUACAACUUCUGGAUUUGAACCAGACACUUUGCAACAGGAUUACAAUUUCAUACUGUGUGGAUGACUGUGCAAGACUACAAAUCCCACCUCAACUGGAACAGGGAACCAGCUAGGAGGGCAGAGGUAGAGGGGGCAGUUUGGUCACAGCCAACAGGGAUUGACCAAUCAGAAUUUGUUGUUGAUGAUGUCAUAAUUGUCAUGUUUUCCUGAACUUGUUUGCAGGUAAAAACUCAGCCCUCAGAUAGAUGCGCACAGGUUUUCUCAACUCUAGAAAUGCUGUUUUUGCACGUCAGCACCACAUAACGCUACAGUUAGCGUCAAGUCUAGUAGGCGGGUUUGAGAACAGGCCGAAUUAAGUAGCUACCUAGCUAAACUGUGAAAAAUAGUGCCAUCCUGAGAUCUGUCGCUCGAUGGGAGACAAGUGUGUCGCGGUUUGAAAGAGUUCAAGAGGCACAAACUCCUCAUCCCUGAAUCCAUGUGAAGCCUGACAUCUACUGGUGAAAAACAGAGCAUUGUAUUUGAUUGGCUGGUCCUUGGAGUCGAAUAUGUAAAGUUUUAUAGACAUCUGGUCACUCCACAUGGUACCAAAGAUCAGCCAGUAACAGAAGGACUGUUCUUUAGCUACUUGUCACCAGUGGAUGUCAGAUUUGAAAAAGAAGGUUGGUAAAAGUUUGGGUUUGUGUGACCGCUCUGUGCUGGUAAAGAUGGGGCAGCAU